AGCUCGGAUAAGAAAAUUACGCCAUCGGAAGACAAAAUUAUGUAACUCUGUCUCCUAACAACCGGUCGCAAACGGUUCAUACCCAGAAGAGUUUGAUUGACAGGCUCUGUGCGAGCCUCUAUAUAAGAGCAGGGAGGAGGGUGCCUCAGUCACUGUUGUGCCGCAAGUCCUGCAGACUGUGGAUGUAGUGAACCAAAGUGGACUUACGCUUUUUACGCACGAGGUUUAAAGGAGAUACUACUUCUCAUUCAUUUAAUCAUCGGCUUUUUUCCCUCCCGAUUUCAUCCUUUUUUUAUUUUCUUAUUGUCGGAUAUCUGACCGAAUUUCAAAAUAAAGGCUGCAUUCGUCAGGAGAUAUGAUACUCAGGAGAAGUCUCUUGCUGCUCCUAUCAUUUACUUUCCUCCACGCAUUAACUCAAGAUGGUGAGCAGGAGGAUGAGACAGCGUUCGACUUGUUUGAAAUCUCCCAAAUCACUCGCAGGACUCUGGGGGCCAAACAGUUCCGGGGCCAAAACUCAGAUGCCCCUGCUUACCGCUUCAUCCGUUUCGACCACCUGCCCCCAGUGAGCCCCCCCAUACUUAAACAAAUACUACGUCAGAUCCAAAACAAUGAGGGCUUUGUGUUUGUGGCCAGCAUACGCCAGGACCGCGCCUCACGGGGCACCCUGGUUGGUUUGGAGGGCCCUGAUGGCCGGCGGCAAUUUGAGAUUGUGUCCAACGGACGGGCCAACACUCUGGACCUGGUAUACUGGUUUGAUGGCUCCCAGAACGUGGUUUCAUUCGAGGAGGUGGACCUGUCUGACUCACAGUGGAAGAAUAUCACACUUCAUGUUCAUGGGGAAAAUGCAAACCUGUUUGUGGGCUGCAACCUGAUAGACAGCUUCAUCCUGGACGAGCCUUUCUAUGAGCACCUGCCGGCCGAGGGAAGCCGCAUGUAUGUGGCGAAGGGAUCCGUCCGGGAGAACCACUUCAGGGGGCUUCUGCAGAAUGUGCGUUUCAUCUUCGACACCACAGUAGAAGACGUCCUGCUGAGCAAAGACUGCGAGGUCCCUAAACAAGAUGAUGCUAAUAUUGUGAGUGAGAGCGCGGAAAUCGUGGAUGUGAGUCCCUCCAUCACUACAAAUAUUAUUGGUCAGAAGACAGAUGAUGUGGGCGCAGAAAUGUGUGAGCGGUCCUGUGAGGAACUUAGCACCAUGUUCCAGGAGCUAAAAGGCCUACGAGUUGUUGUCAGCAAUCUUAUUGAUGGCCUGCAAAAAGUGACAGAGGAGAACACCGUCAUGAAGGAGGCCCUUGGGAGGAUGAAGAACUCUAAGGAGAAAAACAUGUGCUGGCAGGAUGGCCGCCUGUUCGACGAUAAGGAAGACUGGGUUGUAGACAGCUGCACCAAAUGUACCUGCCAGGAGUCCAAGAUUGUGUGUCACCAAAUUACAUGCCCCCCAGUGGCAUGUGCCAGCCCGUCAUUUAUCGAUGGCGAGUGCUGCCCCGUGUGUUUGCCUCAAGACAGUGAUGAUGGCUGGUCCCCCUGGUCAGAGUGGACGGAGUGCACAGUGACCUGCGGGACAGGAACUCAACAGAGGGGUCGGUCAUGUGAUGCAACCAGCAACCCUUGCACCGGACCUUCCAUCCAGACCCGCAAGUGCAGCCUGGGCAAAUGUGACAGCCGUGUUCGCCAGGAUGGAGGGUGGAGCUUGUGGUCGCCAUGGUCGUCCUGCUCAGUGACCUGUGGAGAAGGACAGAUCACCAGGAUACGACACUGCAACGCUCCCGUGCCACAACUGGGAGGUAAAGACUGUGAGGGAAGCGGAAGAGAGACUCAACGCUGCACUGCCAAUCCCUGUCCCAUUCAUGGUGGUUGGGGUCCUUGGUCUCCAUGGGCAACCUGUUCAGCAACAUGCGGAGGGGGACUGAAGAGUCGGGCUCGUGUGUGCAACAGUCCUCAACCUCAGCAUGGUGGCAAUAAGUGUGUAGGGGAGGCCAAUGACAGUGACAGCUGUAACAAAGAAGAAUGUCCUAUUGAUGGCUGUCUGUCAAACCCAUGCUUUGGGGGAGUGGAUUGCAACAGCUCUCCAGAUGGAUCCUGGGAGUGUGGCCCAUGCCCUGUUGGUUUCCGUGGAAAUGGUACCCACUGUGAAGACAUCAAUGAGUGUGACAUGGUGUCUGAUGUUUGCUUCAAAGUGAGUGGAACGCAGCGCUGUGUCAACACUGAUCCAGGUUUCCACUGUCUGCCCUGUCCGAAGCGCUACAAGGGCACCCAGCCUUUUGGUAUGGGUGUGGAGGCUGCCAAGAAGAACAAACAGGUGUGUGAGCCAGAGAACCCAUGCAAGGACAAGACCCACAACUGUCACAAAUACGCCGAAUGCAUCUAUCUCAGCCACUUCAGUGACCCUAUGUACAAGUGUGAGUGCAGGACUGGUUACGCUGGAGAUGGCUUCAUUUGUGGAGAAGACUCGGACUUGGAUGGCUGGCCCAAUCAGAACCUUGUGUGUGGUGCCAACGCCACAUAUCACUGCAAGAAGGAUAACUGCCCGAGCCUUCCCAACUCUGGACAAGAAGACUUUGACAAAGACGGUCAAGGAGAUGCUUGUGACAAGGAUGACGACAAUGAUGGAAUUCUAGAUGAGAGGGACAACUGUCCCCUCCUUUACAAUCCUCGCCAGUUUGACUUUGACAAGGAUGAAGUUGGCGACCGCUGCGACAACUGUCCCUAUGAACACAACCCCGCUCAAAUAGACACCGACCAGAACGGAGAAGGGGAUGCAUGCGCAAUUGAUAUUGAUGGAGAUGAAAUUCUGAAUGAGAGUGACAACUGCCCCUAUGUGUACAACACUGACCAGAAGGACACUGACAUGGAUGGAGUUGGUGACCAGUGUGACAACUGUCCAUUGUUGCACAACCCUGACCAGACUGAUGUAGACAAUGAUCUGGUCGGAGAUCAGUGUGACAAUAACCAGGACAUUGAUGAAGACGGCCAUCAGAACAACCUCGAUAACUGUCCUUAUGUAGCCAACGCCAACCAGGCUGACCAGGACAAGGAUGGCAAAGGAGACGCAUGUGACUAUGAUGAUGAUGAUGAUGGUAUACCUGACGACAAGGACAACUGCAGACUGACACCCAAUGCAGACCAGCUGGACUCUGAUGGCGAUGGAAGAGGGGAUGCCUGCAAAGAUGACUUUGACAAUGAUAGUAUCCCAGAUAUUUAUGAUGUGUGUCCGGAGAACAGUGGCAUCAGUGUCACAGACUUCAGGAAAUUCCAGAUGGUCCACUUGGAUCCUAAGGGAACCACUCAAAUUGAUCCCAACUGGGUGGUCAGACAUCAGGGCAAAGAGUUGGUUCAGACUGCCAACUCUGACCCAGGCAUUGCAGUAGGUUUUGAUACGUUUAACGCUGUGGACUUCAGUGGAACGAUGUACGUGAACACAGACAGAGAUGACGACUAUGCAGGCUUUGUGUUCGGCUACCAGUCGAGUGGGCGCUUUUAUGUAGUUAUGUGGAAGCAGAUCACACAGACUUACUGGGAGGAUAAGCCCUCAAAGGCCUUCGGCAUCUCUGGCGUUUCACUCAAAGUCGUCAACUCGACCACUGGUACAGGAGAAAACCUCAGGAAUGCUUUGUGGCACACGGGCAACACUCCAGGACAGGUGCGUACUCUGUGGCAUGACCCCAAAAACAUUGGUUGGAAGGAUUACACAGCUUACAGGUGGCAUCUCAUCCACAGACCAAAGACUGGUUUUAUAAGGGUUGUGGUCUAUGAAGGUAAACAGAUCAUGGCUGACUCAGGACCAGUUUAUGACAAGACAUUUGCCGGAGGAAGGUUAGGUUUGUUUGUCUUCUCGCAAGAGCUGGUGUUCUUCUCCGACCUCAAGUAUGAGUGCAGAGAUAAGCCGGAGUUGCCAACAGCGUUCAUCAGAUAACUGAAUGGAGUCUGAUCGAGAAAAAAAAACGUUUUUUUUGAAGAAAUGAACCUCUGAAAGUAAACAUCACGUCAUCACUAAAUCCAAAUCUACGUAAAUGAGACUUUCCAUACUUCUCCAUGCUUCGCCUUGAUCCAUCCACUGGGGAGGAAACCAUGGCGGAUUUCAGAUUUCCUGUUGACUUAUGUACAUUUCCCAAGCUGGGAAAGAAAAACUGACGAUCUUAAAAAAAAAGCAGAUUAUCUAAUUAUAACAAAUGUACCAAUUUCUACAUUUUAAAGGUUUUUAUUGUACAACCACUUACAUGCUGUAUAUGCUUUCCUGCAGUUUCUUGUAACUUGUAAGUGAUCCGGUUGUUUUCUAUCCUUAAUACGUUUUAAUGUGUUUGGGAUCAUUCAUGGCUAAUCAAACAGUGUCUGACAAACAUAAACUGUAACCAAAGCAUAAUCAUUUAGCUGUCCAUUACUAUAUUGCUCAUUCUUUUCAUCCUGAAUGUGUGUUUUUU